GCGACCGUCAAUUAACCACAAAUUACUGUCCGAAGCUCCCUCACCGCAACCACAGAACCAAUCAAAUCAAAUCGACGGGUAAUCAGUCAAUUACGAGCGAGCGACCGGGGUGUAAUAAUAGGUGUUUCUGUAUGAUUUAUUGUCGGUGUUGAGAUUUUUGGUGACGGUUUAACGAUUCUACUUAUCGAGCUUGAAGCAGACAUUCUGUGAUUUAGGGAAUGCGAAGUUUGAUUCGGAUCGUUAAAGUUUACCUCUUAGAGUAAAUUUACUAAGUUUUGCGGGUGCACAAGUGUACUUAGUUCAAAGAGAGUGACUCUUCCUCACGAACUUCAUUAAUCCGUUUACGAAACCAAAAGUUUGACUUCUUGUAGACCAUCAUCAUCACUGGACACUUGAGGAAGUAUCAAGCUUUGGCUAUAGAAUUUCAAAGCAAUAUAUUGGCUUGAGCAAAAGUUUGUCGAGAGUUACCGGAAAUUGAAGAAAGAAUAAAGCGGAAGAAGGAAGAAGAAAGAGUAUCCAUCUGCACGUGUGCUGUCUUGACGCUCUGGAAAAAAGCAUUUAAUCCACUUUCCAGACGAGUUGCUUAAUGCGGAAAGGAUCCACCGUCAUUUGAUUGGAAGCUUUCUUUCUCUUUGGUCGUCGUCAUACCGUUUUUUUUCCCGUUCCGUUGCUCUGGCCAGGCCUCGGGGGCUGGACCACUCCUGACUGCCAUCUGUGCCAUCAGGCUCUGGAACCGGAGAAAAGAUGCCGCCGCCUCUGAAGCAACGAGAUCCGACGACGACUACUUCUGACAGCCUCCGCCAGCAAAAAGCAGAAGAAGAAGCUGACGAGCCACAGGAUGUUGCCUUUCCGGAAUUUGAUAAAAGUCCGGCCUGCAUCCACGUGUUGCUGCUGAACAAAACCAUCCGGUUGUUUGUGAUCCUGGGACUGGCUGCCGUCGUUCUGCCGGCCUUUGCCUAUCUGUUCUUUUUCUCACAGGAAAUCGGUCACGCCGAGAAGCGCCAGCUGGUGGGAACAUGUGGCCACCCCACGCUCUAUCACAUCCAGUGCGGGUACGCCAACAUUUCCCUCGAGGAGUGCCACUAUCUGGGAUGCUGCUUCACGACCCGGGGUGUUUGCUAUCACACUCUUCCCUCCGAGUAUCAGUACCGGGCCGAGGAUCCGGGGGUCUGCGGCAAUGGAGCCGUGCUGAACCCGGUCCGAGACAAUACCCCAUUCUGUCGAGGAGGAGAAGGAGGCCAGAAUCAAUGCGUGCCAUCGGCUCGGAACGUUCGAAUUUCCGUCCAAAUUAUUGACCAAAGUAUGGUCCAAAUUUCACUUUCCACCAACAACACUGGAGAAUCCGCCGUCAAGAGCACUUGCGAAACGCUCGAAACCAACGACCUGCUGGUGGACAUCUACAACGAAACAUUUUUCGUCGAGGUCAAACGGAAAUCACCGGAUGCGAGCAUCAUUCUGUCGACGGCACGGGGACCGCUGAUUGUUACCGAAGAUGGUUUCCUCGAAUGGACCCUGCAUCUCGGAAUGGACGUUCUCUAUGGGCUGGGGGAGGCCGUACUGGAAGCCGGACGAAAGUAUUUGCUGCUGAACAACCAAAAUUCGUCCGCCGUACCGGUUGUAAUGGGAUACGGUAUCAACACCACUUUCUUCAACGGAAUUGUAUUCUCGACGCCCGGACUCACCGAGGUGGAGAUCACCGGCGCCCGGCAGGUACUGAUCCGUGCUCAGUACACCGGUGACUUCAAGAUCCAGGUCCUAGCGGGUCCCAGCCCCCAGGACAUCCACCGGCAGCUGAAGCAAAUUACGGCCAAUCAGUAUCUGCCACCGUAUUGGGCCUACGGAGUUCAUGUCUGCGAUGAGCGUAGAAACGUUUCACUUCCGGAUGUUCAUCAGGAUAUUGAGGAUUUGUUGACCGAGGGAAUGCUGUUCGAUUCACACUGCGUCAACGACGACGAAUUUUGGCUUUCGAGCCAAAUGGCUUUGUCUAAUAAUUUAACGAAUAUUUUAAAUAUGCUGCGGGGUGACGGAAAACGAUUCCUGGCAUCACUGGUUACGCUUUUAGAACCGAAAGCUGAUCCGGCGUAUUUGAAGGCGAAGUAUUUGGGAUUGUUUCUGCGAAAUGGAACCGAUAUCACAACCUACCGAGGAUUAGUCCGCAACAGAACCGCUGUCUAUCUGGAUUGGAUCAAUCCACUGUUGGAUGGUUGGUUUGAUGAGAUUUGGCCUAAAGUAGAGAACUUAAAAUCGGAUGGGUAUAAUCUACGGGAAGCAUCACUAAGAGAUGAUGGAAUCCAUUCGUAUCCCAAUCAAAGCCAUUUGAUCUUUUUGCCAGAAAGUUUGAAUGUAAGUUUACGAGAUCUCAUCCGCUGGGACACCAAGUUAUCGAACAGCAUGGAACGAGUUCUGAAAUCUCAAAAUCAACAAGGUACGGAGAUGCUUCAUAAAGUUCAACGGAAAAUGACCCCUGAUCAAUUGCUUAUAAGUGGAGCCUAUAAUAUGACUACGAAGGCAGCCAUCAUGUCACAGAAUGUAACGGCGUCCUGGAUUUCCCUUCGCAGGGAAGUCAAUCGAGCUAUUGGACUCUCCGUUUCCGGAAUAAACUUCAUAGGAUCUCCCAUCUGCGGUAAUGCCGGUGACAACAUUACCGAAGAACUUUGCAUCCGAUGGUAUCAGUUCGGAUCGCUUCUUCCUCUUUUCAAAGUAUCCGCAAAUCGAACUCCCAAUCGCUUCAGCAAGUUUGCCGCACGGAUCAUGGCCAGCACCAUCAGACAUCGCUACGCCCUGCUGGAAUACUACAACACCUUGCUGAUCAACGAACAACCAUACCUGAAGCCGAUGUUUUUCAACUACUUCCAGGAAGCGAAGGACUUUUCGGUCGAACUGUGGGAACAGUUUACGAUCGGUGAUGCUCUUCUGGUGGCUCCGGUCCUCCUUCCGCGGAUGGAACAAAUCGAUAUCUAUUUUCCGGAGCUAUACUACGAGCUGUGGUCUGGGGAGCAGCUUCCGGACAAUAAGGUUCUGCAUUAUUCGGUUGUGGAAGCCGAUCUGCCGAUUUUCAUUCGACCAGGGUGGAUUGUUGGGUUGAGGAACGUUUCCGAUGAGGAUGUUCUGGUGGAGCAGACGAGAUUUCGUCCGUUUCAUCUGAUUGGAGCCUUGAAAUGUGCCGGAAGCUCCAGGAUAUGUUCGGCUAAUGGAACGCUAACGUUGGUAAAAGGUUUCGAUAUUACUUUCACGGCCGUUUUUGAUGAGACUCUCGCUGUCACCGUGGAGCUGAUAGCCGAUGACGCCAGCCGGAUUGUUGUCUGCCCACCCGAAGCUGAUCCAAAUUCGGUUAAAAUUUCUGCGGAAAUCACCAACUACUUGUUUUACAACAACCGAACUACACCGUUGGCCGGGACGCUGCCCGAUUGUGACCUCUGCCAGAAAACAGUGUGCAACAAUUAACCAGAGUGAAAAAUAUAAACGAUUUGUUAUAGUUUGGUAAUGUAA